AUGGCCAUAAUAGCGCUUGACAGGCUGAUACACAGAUUGUACCAAUACUAUCAAAUUAGUACUACAUUCUUAUAUGUUGCAUUGAUAGCAAGAUGGAUUAUACUUUUUCCUUUAGUAUCAUCUAAAUUUUUACCAGGUGGUAUACAUGAAUUUUUAAUAUAUCUUUUAGGUAUUUCGAGUAUUGUGGAAAUGUUAUGGCAGUUCUACUUCCAUGGAGUUAUUAGAAGUUUAAAAUCUAGAACUGUUUUAAAAGACAUGAAUUUUAUUUACUUAGUAAGAGUUAUUCACUUCUACGAUGAUUAUGAACAUGCUGUUAUUUUAAAGAAUACUAGUUAUUCGAGUUUCAUUUUAGCUUUGGGAUUCACACAGGCAUACUCUCAUUUUAAUAAAAUUUUUAAGGGAAAUAAAGUCAGUAAGAGAAGUUGGUUUUGGAAGAUUAAUGCUUUCAUAAUGUUACCAACAUUAUAUCUAAGUGAAUUCUAUUUAUUACUUUUAAACCUUAACAACUAUAAUUAUCAUUCAACUCUUUUACUAGACAAAAUUAAUUAUUUGGUAUUAAUUGUAUUUUUACCACUGUCAUGCUUGUUGUACAAAGGUGAAUUUACUAGCAGCUCUAUGCAACGUGUAUAA